GUACCCAGACCUCCGAAGGCACAACUGUCAAGAGGACCGCUUUUCUCUGUCGGCAUCAUACCUCUGCCUUACCUCAAACCUCACACAACCUGUCCGGACGAGUCGCGGAUUAAACACUACAGGCUCCUUUGGCAUUGUACAUCACAGACAUAAUGGCAGACGAUGGGGCCAGAAGACAUAUAAAAAUGUGCUUUACACUUCUUGGUGUUCUCCUGAUUCCCAGCAUCCGGGCAGUUUGUCCAGAUAAAGAGAAGGGGCUUCAACUUUGGAUGCCAGGACAUAGCGAAGAUCACCGAGUUACAAUUGGUUAUGGACAGAAGAUCCUUCUUACAACUUCGGCUACGGUUCACUCAAUUGAGAUUCUUAAUGGAGGAAAGCUGGUAAUUGCUGACACCAACCAGGCCAUACUGCUUCGGACCAAACACAUUCUGAUUGGAGACAAAGGGGAGUUGCACAUUGGGAGUCCAGACUGUCCCUAUAAGGGGAACCUCACUAUCUCUUUGUUUGGAAGAUUGGAUGACAGCGAUGACGAACACAGCUACUUUGGGAGGAAAUACAUUGGUGUGGGGACCGGUGGAAUGCUAGAGAUUUUUGGUAAAAAGAAGCUGGCUUGGACCUUCCUCAACAAGACCCUCCAUCCCGAAAACAGUUCCAAAAGAAGCUACCGCUUCCACAGAAGCUGGGGGAAGAGAGGUAUCAUUCUCCAUGUAAUUGAUCCCUAUACUGGAGAGGUACUGCAUAGUGACAGGUUCGACACAUACCGUGAUAAGAAGGAGAGUCUUCGCCUUGCAAAGUUUAUUGAUGACUUAGAGGAGGGGUUCAUCUUGUCUAUGAUGGUCAAUGAUGAAGGUUCAAACAACUUGGAAGAUUCGGCCAAGAAAAGCCUUUCCAGGCUAGGCAGCAUCUUCAUCAGCAAACUUGGAUUUCGAGAUGCCUGGACCUUUAUCAUUAAAAAAGGCCAUCCUUCUUCUGCUGUGGAGGAUCACACAGUCUAUAAAGGAACUAAAGCUUCAUCAAAGGCACAGAGCUCUUUUAAUUUUCAGUCAAGUUCUGGAGAGUACUUUACCAUCACCAGCAGCAGCCAAUGGAUACAAGAGGCAGAGUGGUCUGGCUGGUUUAAUAGGGAUGAUCAAAGGGGAUCUGGAGACUGGGAAAAACUGAAUGAUCUUCGCAAAGAUUAUCCAGACCAACUGUGUAGCAGUCCUUUGGACAUCCAGGUUCAAACCCAUGAUGGGAUACCUUUCAACCACACAGGAGAUGUCAUCUACAAGAUCAGCAAGGACUAUGGUUUUGUUUGCCUCAACAAGGACCAGAUUCGUGGCCUGUGUCACAAUUACAAAGUCCGGUUCCUCUGUGGAAAACUUGUUCGUCCACAGGCCUUUCUUUCAAUCGAUAUUUUGACAAACAGCACCAUCCUGGAGCUUAGUGAUGAGGUGGUAGGCUGGGAGACUGGCGAUCAGUUGGUUGUUACCAGCACAGACUACUCAAUGCACCAAGCUGAGGAGUUCACCCUACUGCCUUGUCCUACCUGCAUGUCCAACCAAGUGAAGGUCAAAGGAAGAGCCAAGUUUAUCCACAUGGGUGAAGAAGUUGAUGGGGUAGAUAUGAGAGCAGAGGUUGGCCUGUUGACACGUAACAUCCUACUCCGUGGUGAGACUGAGGCCACCUGCUAUGGCCAUGAGGCUUGCAAAUUCUUCGACUUUGACACUUUCGGGGGACAUUUGAAGGUACAACGAGGUUUUAAAGCUCUUCAUAUCUCUGGUUUGGAGCUUCAGCACAUGGGUCAACAAACAAUGGGUCACUAUCCAGUUCAUUUUCACAUGAAUGGAGAUGUGGAUGAGCAAGGAGGCUACAACCCCCCAACAUUUGUCAGUGAUCUUGCCAUUCAUCACUCUUUCUCCCGCUGUGUUACAAUCCAUGGCUCCAAUGGACUUCUGGUAAAAGAUGUGGUGGGUUAUGACACACUAGGCCACUGUUUCUUCACAGAAGAUGGUCCAGAGGAGAGAAACACAUUUCACCACUGUCUAGGUCUGAUGGUGCGAGCAGGGACCCUCUUGCCAUCAGACCGAGACAGCAAAAUGUGUCGUGCCAUCACUGCUGGAGCAUACCCAGGAUAUGUGUCAAACCCACGUCAAGACUGCAGUGCAUCUUCAACCUUCUGGAUUGCCAACCCCAAUAACAACCUGAUCAAUUGUGUUGCUGCAGGCUCAGAGGAAACAGGUUUCUGGUUUGUGUUUCAUCAUGUGCCCACUGGCCCUUCAGAGGGUCUUUACUCUCCUGGACACACUGAACACACACCUAUGGGGCAGUUCACCAACAACAGAGCCCAUUCCAACUACAGGGCUGGAAUGAUCCUUGAUAAUGGAGUCAAGACUACAGAGGCCAAUGUUAAGGACAAGAGACCCUUCCUGUCUAUAGUUGGAGCCAGGUAUAGUCCGCACCAGGAUGCUGAUAUCUUCAAACCCAGAGUUCCUGCGAUCAUCAGUGGUUUUAUUGCCUACAAAAACCAGGAUCAUGGAGCCUGGUUGAGAGGAGGAGACGUUUGGCUUGAUGGCUGCCAAUUUGCUGAUAAUGGCAUUGGCCUUACCCUUGCAAGUGGAGGGACAUUUCCAGAUGAUGAUGGUUCUCAUCAGCAGGUGAAGAACUCACUCUUUGUGGGUGAGAGUGGUAAUCAUGGGAUGCUUCUUCCCGAUACCAAGUUCUGGGGCCCAGGAGGCACUGACCUCUCUGGUAGGACACUUCCACGUGGCAUAGAUUUCCCUAUCCGAGGCAUGCAAAUCUAUGAUGGGCCAAUCAAUGUUCAGAAUUGUACAUUUCGAAAAUUUGCAGCAUUGAAUGGAAGACACACCAGUGCCUUUGGAUUCAGACUCAACAACUCAUGGCAGAGCUGUCCAAAGAACAAUGUUACUGACAUCACGUUUGAUCAAGUUCCUAUUACAUCCCGGUUGUUCUUUGGAGAACCAGGUCCCUGGUUCAACAAGAUGCAGAUGGAUGGAGAUAAGACAACCAUCUUCCAUGACAUUGAUGGCUCAGUCAGUGAGUAUCCUGGAGCAUUUUUGGUAAAAGAUGACAACUGGCUGCUUCGUCACCCCAACUGCAUUGACGUGCCUGAUUGGAAGGCUGCAAUCUGCAGUGGUCGAUAUGCACAGAUCUACAUCCAGACACGAACACCUACCAACUUGAACAUGUGUAUUGUAAGGAAUGAGUAUCCUGACUGGCCCCUGAUACUGGAAGGUGCCUUAGGAAAGAAGAAACACUACCAGCAAUUCCAGCCUGUGAUCACACUAGCCAAAGGUUACACAGUCCACUGGGAUCAAGCAGCACCUAGAGAGGUCACCAUUUGGCUCAUCAACUUCAAUAAAAAUGACUGGAUCAAUCUGGGCCUCUGCUACCCUGAAGGCUCCACCUUCACCAUCAUUGCUGACACUCACAACCGCCUCACUAAAAAGACCCACAAGACUGGCAUCUUUAUGAGGACAACUCAGAUAGGAAAGAUCAGUCACUCACACUUGACCAGGGGAUAUUACUACUGGGAAGAAGCCACUGGCUUACUUUUCCUGAAGAUAAAAGCCCAUAAUGAGAGAGAACAAUUUGCCUUUUGCUCUGUAAAAGGUUGUGAAAGGGUAAAGAUCAUAGCUACCAUCCCAGAGGGAAGUCCACCCAGCAACUGCUUGGCCAAGGCCUACCCAAAACAUGCAGAGAUACCUGUUGCCGACACAGCUAUGCCAAGAAAGAUACCAAAUAGCAGGCUGCACACACCAGAUCACUUCUUGGAGAUCAAACUGGAAUCGUACAAUACUCGCUUUUUCCACAAUAAGGAAAACUUUGCUAUUACUGAGGUGAAUGGCAGGAAGUGGUAUCAACAAGAAGAUGGGGUGCAGCUGACAGUAAUUGAUGGGCAUGAUGGGAAUGUGGUGGAGAGCAGAAGCUUCAGGAACUCUAUUUUACAGGGUGUCCCUGCCCAAUUAGAAAAUUACAUUAAUGGACUAAAAGACUGCUCCAUUGUGCUCAUGACAUCUAAAGGCCGUCUGGUUACUAAAGGAUCCUGGACCAAAGUCCUGGAGGAACUCGGUGCAAAAAAAAUCACCAAUUUAAAAGAAAAACUGGCAUUUGUGGGCUUCAAAGGCUUGUUCCAUCCUGACUGGGUCAAAUUGGAGAUCAGCAGCGACCAAGCGAAGAUCCAUCAGGUGUUGCCUGUCCCUGUGGUAAACAAAAUGAAACUAUAAUUUGUAGGCCAAAUGGAAAAGUUGGCAAAGUAACCUUGUCUCAGACAUGGAAACACACAGACAUUAACAAAAUAACAACAUGGAAACACAUGCUUAUGCACUGCAAGUAUCAUCCAGGGGAACUGUAGUGACGAAUGAUGAUUGGUUUGGUGCCCCCUGCUUUCAUCUUUUUUGGGCCAGAACUCCUGGAAACAACAGUUAAUAAUAUUGGUGAAUGAAAGACUGAAACUCCAGCUUCUUUCCUAAAUCUGUUUGUUACAAACUCUCAAAAUCACAAACUUAUGUAAUAUAUAAUAAACAUUCCUCUGUGUAAUCAUG